AUGGCUGGAACGUCGACGAACGACUUCCAGAAUGGAGCGCCAUUCUACCUCGACCCCAAUCAGCAGGAUCUACUCCUGGCUGCUCUCGCUUCGAACAACCAGAACCCUAAUGAUCUCUUCUCAUCGGGGAUAGACAGCAAGCGGCCGAUGAAUGGCUCGCAGUUCCAGUUUCCUGUCGAUAACCUCGAUCCGACCUUCUUCGCCUCUCCGCAGCAAGGCACCCCAGCAUCUGCGUUCAACAACGUUGGCAUAGACGAGAGCCCUUAUGCCGACUACCUCGACGGUGAUGGGAGCUUCGACUUCGAUAAUGCGGAUAGCGGCGAUCUCAUGAUCGGCGCGCUCCCUGGGGACAACGCUUCCAACGAGACUUCUGAGAAGCGCAAGAGCCCUGGCGAUGAUGAUACCGAAGAGGCUGAAGGUGGAAACAAGCGGAGAGAGGGGGAAGAUAAGCAAGCAAAGAAGCCUGGCAGAAAGCCGCUGACCUCAGAGCCCACGACCAAACGGAAAGCUCAGAACCGUGCCGCGCAACGGGCGUUUAGAGAGCGGAAGGAGAAGCAUCUCAAGGACCUCGAGACCAAGGUGGCCGAGCUUGAGAAAGCCUCUGACGCAGCAAACCACGAGAACGGACUUCUCCGUGCUCAGGUCCAACGACUGCAGAUGGAGCUACGUGAGUACCGGAAACGCCUUUCUCUGAACAGCACUGGUAGCAUGAAUCGCUCCCCUCCGAUGGUUGGAGGCUUCAGCUCGCUUUUAAGCAACAACGGAUCAAAGACGAGUAGUUUCCAAUUUGAAUUCCCACGCUUUGGUGGACUUCCCGGCGCCCACAUCCUUGACAGCGGACCGCUGUCUAAGAACAAGACUUCAUCAAUAUCGUCGACGGUGCCUGCACGGCAGAACAGCAGCGGCAGGAGUCUCAGCCCGAGGAGUCAAGCCAACGGCUCAAUGGCCAAUUCUCCGGAAAAGAGUGGCGCCAGCCCUGCAGCCAACGCAGCACAGCGUUCUGGCAGCGUGAAUGGUUUCUUCAAUCUCAAUAACACCAGUAACACCGACACGUCCACCACACAAUCGCGUGUGUUCCAGUUCAACAGUGGCUCGUCUUCGCACUCUGACUCGCCCUCCGCUUCGUCGAAUUCGGUGGGUGGGCAGAACUCGUCGUGCGAUACGUCGCCCGAACCGAGCCAUAACUCCCCGAAGAAUAUGGAUACUAUCGCGGAUGGCUAUGUGUGUCAUGGAAAUUCGGAAGGUGAGAUUACCUUCUGCGAAAAGCUUAAUAUGGCCUGCGGGAACCCUCGCAACCCUAUCCCCCGCGCCAAGUCACACUCUGACGCGAAACCGUCUCCUGCAGCUCCCGCGAAAACUCCGAAUCCCGACUUGAACGGCAUCGACUUCUUCGCCAACCAGAACGGGGGCCAGUUCGAUCCGACCCUCUUUGGCGAUUACCGCGAGUCACAAAAUGCGAUCGUCGGCGAUGGCGACUUCACCAACGGCUUCUUCAACGAUGCCUUCCCGGUCGGCGACUAUGGAAGUCCGUUCCACUUCGGUGAUACGCCAGCAGUGCAGAAGCCGAAUCCCUUGGAAGAGAUCGAGCGUCUACAGGACGGGGACGACGAAGUUGUUCCGGGCGAGGACACGACGCAGAUGCUCAACUGCCAUAAGAUAUGGGACAAGCUGUCGAGUCGGCCUGACUUCAAGGAUGGCACCAUCGAUAUCGACAACCUCUGCUCGGAGCUCCGUGCGAAGGCUCGCUGUUCCGAGAGCGGAGUCGUGGUGGACCACAAGGACGUCGAGGCGGCGCUUAAACGCCUGCCGAAGGACCAGAUGUAA